AUGAAAUUUCCAGCUGGUAUCACCCCACCUUCACCUAAUCAUGUGUGCAAAUUGAAGAAGUCUCUAUAUGGGCUUCGACAAGCCUCUCGUUGUUCUAUCUCUAUUGUCGCAGUGUAUGUAGUCGACAUUUUAUUAACAGGUAAUGAUGAAGCUGAACUACAUGGACUAAAGGAAUUUCUCAAUCAGGAAUUCAAAAUUAAGGAUCUUGGUUUCUUACAUUUUUUUCUUGGGAUGGAAGUCAUUCGAGAACCUGAAGGUUUGAUUUUAUCCCAGCGGAAGUUCACUUUGGAUCUCUUGGAGGAAUUUUCAUCUCUGCACUUGACUCCUGCCUCCUCACCUCUUGAUUCUUCUAUCAAAUUGCUAGCCAAAACAGGGGAUCCUGUGCCGGAUCCAACUCUAUAUCGUCAUCUUCUGGGUAAGCUUAAUUAUCUUACCCACACCAGGUCAGAUUUGUCUUUCACUGUCCAGCAUCUCAGUCAAUACAUGCAAGACCCACGCCAACCACAUCUCGAUGCUGCUUAUCGAGUCCUCCACUAUCUCUUAAAAGACCCAAGUCUUGGACUUUUUAUGUCUGCCUCACCUUCAUUCCAGCUUCUCGCCUUUUGUGACUCAGAUUGGGGUACUUGUCCUGAAACUCGCCGGUCAGUCAGUGGAUUCUACAUCUCGCUGGGUUCCUCUCCCAUUUCUUGGAAGUCCAAGAAACAAACCUCCAUUUCUCUUAGUUCUGCUGAGGCUGAAUAUCGUUCCAUGAGACGGGUUGUAGCUGAACUCACUUGGUUGAUUCGUCUUUUUGAGGAUCUAUCUAUCCCCAUUUCCUUACCUGUUCCUCUUCAUUCUGAUAGCCAAGCUGCGCUUCACAUCGCGAAGAACCCAGUCUUCCAUGAACGUACCAAGCAUGUCGAAAUCGACUGUCACUUUGUGCGACAGCAAUUUCUUGCUGGCCUUAUCUCUCUUUCUUUUGUUCGAUCUACCUCUAAGCUUGCCGAUCUCUUCACUAAACCCCUCACAGGUCCUCUUCAUCGGAAUCUAUUGAGAAGAAUUGGACUUGGGCCUCGUUUCUACUGGGCCUUAUUCUAUUUGGGCUCAUUACUGGACUGCCGCUCUAAAAACAACUAG